CAGCUGAAGUCGCCGCCGCCCUCUGCUUCUCUCUCUCUCUCUCCCACCCGCCUCCUCUCUCCUCCCCCUCGCUCCUCUCUCCGACGCGCAGCCGAGCAGACCGUGCCGACCGCGCGACCCCGCGACCGCGACACCGACGCGCCAGCGCCCUGCCAUGUGCGCCUGCAGCCACCCGGAGACCGACCGAGCUCCCUGCGCCCAUCGAGCCGCCCGCGCGCCUGAAGCCCUGCUCCACACGCACCCCGGACACCCGCCCCUGCUCAUCUGGCCGAGCGCCCAGGCAUCGCUGUCAGCCCGCGCGCAGCGCCCGAACCGAGCCCGCUCGACGUCCGCGCUCGGAAGCCGCGCCAGGAGAUCGACGCCCUGCCCCUGCAACGCCCCGCGCAAGGCACAGAGCCUGUUUUGGCUGGAGGAUUUUCCAGCUGCCACAGAGAAUAAUGAAGCUAUGCGUUCUUUCUCCGAGAAAGAUAUUCUUUCUCUAAUUGCUAAACUUGUACUAAGGGGUGUUGAACAAAUUUUUGUCGGAGGCGUUGCUUGGGAGACAACUGAAGGUAAAAUUUAUGUGUUAUUUACUGGACUGCUUGCGCCUGGAGUUUGAUUUUUCUAUUUCGGUUCUUUAGAUGUUUUGAAUGCUAAAAUAAAGGAGCUCAUGGAGUUUUCUUUGCCUAGAACUAGAUGGGUUCUCUAGAUGUUUUGAAUGCUGAAAUAAAAAUGUGGAAACAUCAAACAUGAACUAUCGGCGAGCAGGUUGUCAUAUAGGGUUGAUAUGGCGUCUGUUAUUGUGGAAAGUAGUGUUUCUGUUAGCAUGCUUCCAUUAAGUGUCUGACAUGCCAUUUUCCUUGUUUGUCUCUGUUCUUUUGCUACAUUGGCUUAGUGUUAUUCGUGUGUUUUCUUCCAUAUUUUGUUGCCUGUGGCAUUAUUCGUUAUUUGGUUGGUUGAAGAUAUAGAGCAUGCACUCAUCAUAUCUAAGUGAUCGGAGUGAUAUUUAUUGGCUUAUUAGAUGGAUAUUGGCCCAGUUUAUCUUUCAUUUUUUCUAUAGCUGUUAGAAAUUUACUUUGCUCAUAGUUCAUACUAUAAUUAAUAUGAGACUCUUGUUUUGUGGUCCAAGUGUUCAGGGCUCAGGGUGCCUUGGAAGUACGCUAGCUUGUUGUCAUGAAGAAGUCAUUCAAGUUCCUUCCAGGGAGCUAUUAGUUCAUAUGUAUAUUUCUGUUUAUAUCUUAUCUUGUUUAUGUUUAGAUUUAUAUGAGCCAGUAACUUAAUGAUUGCACCAGCUGAAGUUGGUGCAUAAGGCUGCAACACCAUCUAGUGGAGGGUGUUCUGGACAAAGAAAGCUUGUACCUUAAAACAGGAGGAUACAAGAAGCUGGAGUGGUUGUCUGAAGGCUUUUGAACUGCUUGAAGCAUUAGUGUAGCUUUGGUGCUUUUGUGACUGAUCAGCUCUGGAGCAGCUAGAGUGAUAUAGUUGUGGGCUUUUGAACAAUAGUUGGAGUGAUAUGAAACAUUAGUGAUCUAGUUGUGAAUGAUAUUAUAAUUGUGAUGCUUUUGUGAAUAUAUAAUUGUGGUGCUUUUGUGUUUAUGUGAUGGAUCUAUGACUGUGG